GUCUCUCUGACUCUCUGUUCCUCUCUGGCCGUUUCCUUUUCUUCCAUUUCAAUACUCCCGCGAGGAAAGCACGAUCUGCUGAGAGUGUGUAAUUAUUAAGCUGAGGAACCCAAGAAAGAAAAAGGGGGUUAAUGGGGAAAGGCAGAGCGCCGUGCUGCGACAAGAACCAAGUGAAGAGAGGCCCAUGGAGCCCUGCAGAGGACCUCAGGCUCAUGACUUUCAUUCAGAAACACGGCCAUGAAAACUGGAGAUCCCUCCCCAAACAAGCUGGUCUAUCGCGAUGUGGGAAGAGUUGUCGUCUGAGAUGGAUUAAUUAUCUAAGACCAGAUGUAAAGCGUGGCAACUUCACCCAAGAGGAAGAAGACUCCAUUAUCCGUCUCCAUCAUGAGCUUGGCAACAAGUGGUCAAAAAUUGCAUCUCAUUUGCCGGGGAGAACUGACAAUGAGAUCAAGAAUGUGUGGAACACUCACUUGAAAAAAAUAGUAUCAUCUAACAAGAAAAAUGUUGAAUUAAUGACUAAGCAGUCUUCGCCGACCUCCUCAUCUUCAUCCUCCUCCUUCUCCACCACCACAAACUCGUCUGGCAAAAGGAAUGUUCAAGCAACAAUUGAUAUCGGCGAUCAACAAAGGAAAAGACAGAGAACUCAUUUGUUGAAUGAGGAUGAAGAGGAAGAAGAAGUGGUGGACGAAGAAGACAUUCAAAACAACAAGGAGGAUGAGAUGAAUAAUGAUUAUGAAUUCAAAUCAUUUCCAAAGGACAUUUCGACUUCCUCGGCUUCAUCCUUUCCGAUGAAUUCCUCCAGCCUAAUUGAUAAUGUCAUGUCGAUGGAUUCAAUUUUUAGCUUGGGUGAAUCAGUUGGUAACGUCUAUGAUGUGUUGGAAGAGGUGAGCCGACCCAGAGUUGAGGACUUCACCCUUGAGAUUCCUUUGGAAUCCGACAUGGAGUUCUGGAACUUGUUGGAUGGGCUAACGGAAUCUAGUGGCAACGACGGUGAAAAUGUAGCUUGUUUGUCUGAUGACCAGCUGGGAGUUCAGGAGGUGGACGAUGGAGAGGAUGAUGACAAGAAAAAGUGGCUGCGAUACUUGGAAACUGAAUUGGGUCUAGAGGAAAUAAACAACGAUACUAGAAACCCAGAAGACAACCCGACAAUCCCCCAAGUGCCAGGAGAGGGAAACAUACAGGUUUUAUAUGACGAUGAAUCACUCCCUCCACAUGAAAAUAAAGCACAAUCCGAAGUUAAUCCAACAGGUCCAAACCAGCCGCAUACUCAAGAUAUUUAACUCAAGUAUGGAGUGUUCUUAAUAGGAGUGUCUUGGAUCGAAUCAAAGAGCAAACUCAAUCGAUCCAAGAUGAACUAUACAAUACUAGGCAAAAAAUAGUGAUACAGUUUGUUAAUUAACUUUGUUCAACAACAGAACCAAAUGUAGACAGCAUAUAUGAAUUGUGACAUGCUCCUAAGUCCUAACCUGUGAAAUUUGUAGCCAAGCUAAAGAAAGAAUUUACAGCAAGUUGUUAAAAAGAAAUACAGUCGCUUUUCCCUGUAUUUUGAUGGUAAAGUUUGAGGAUGAGCUCCAAUUGCAAAGCAAUAUAUAUACUUAUUAUAUUAGCGACCACUGAUGUUCUUUCUUUUCCUUUCAAUUUCAGAUUUGGUGGUGGUAGGUGGGUAGGUAAAAAAAAGAGUCCUUUAUGCUUUAGAACUUACAAACGACCUUUUCAACU